AAUGUAUCGCUUUCGUCUGCAGUCUUUCACCGGAAUCGCUUACAAUUCUUUUCUGUCCUCUACGCCAUUGGAAGAAAUUCAUCUUAAGAGACAUCACAGUAAAAACUGGCCGUGUAUUGGCUGAUUUUGGGUAUAUUUUUCCUACAUUUAUACGAAAAUGCCAAGGUCCAAGAGGAAGGGCGGCAGAGGUAAGCCAGGGGGGCAGCACAGUGUUGUGCAACCAUUCAGUGAUGAGGAUGCCUCCAUAGAGACUCUCAGCCACUGCAGUAGCCUCAGCGACUCAACCAGCACAGCAGAAGAAGGUUUGUCUGGUGAGACAGAGGAUGUGGCUCAAGAGGAUUUUCAGUACAGGCUGAAGGCUUUCAUUGACAGCACUGUGGAUAAAAGUGCUAAAACCAGACAGGGUGCCCUAGAUGGACUGAAAACUGCCAUGGCAACCAAGAUCUUACAUGAGUUUAUCCUUGAGAGAAGGAUGACCAUUUCAGAUAGCAUUGAACGCUGCUUGAAAAAAGGUAAAGGGGAAGAGCAGUGUGCAGCAGCCUCUCUGGCUUGUCUCCUGUGUAUUCAACUGGGCUCUGGGAUUGAGAGUGAAGAAGUGUUCAAGACAUUAAAACCCAUUUUCAAAACCAUUCUGGCUGACGGGGCAGCAAACAUCCAAGCCAGACAGGCUUGUGCAACAAGUCUGGGCCUCUGCACACUGGUGGCAGAAGAUGAUAUCCUGGAUGUCUAUGCUACCAUGGAGUGCUUUGAGAGCCUCUUCACCAGGUCCUACAUUAGAGAUGAUGGAAGUCGGCCAACUGUCAACCCUCAGACUACUCAGCUCCAUACCAAUGCCUUGCUUUCCUGGGCUCUUCUCCUCACCAUCUGCUCAGCAAGUCAGAUCAAAACCAUCCUCCAUAAGCAUCUUCCCAGACUGCCACGGCUGCUUGAGAGCGAUGACGUUAAUUUGAGGAUCGCCGCCGGCGAGACCAUCGCCUUGCUUUUUGAGCUGGCCAGAGACAUCGAUCCAGAGUUUGACUUUGAUAACUGGGAGCCACUGUGUGACAAGCUGAAUGCUUUGGCCACUGACUGCAACAAACACCGCGCCAAGACCGACAAGAGGAAGCAGCGCUCUGUCUUCAGAGAUGUCCUUAAGGCUGUCGAGGAGGGAGAGUUCCAAAACGAGACGAUUCGGUUUGGUACUGAGCGCAUGGUGAUUGACAGCUGGGUGAGGAAGAGGACGUACGACGCGUUCAGAGAGUUUGUAGGUGCUGGAAUGAACUACCAUCUCCAGGCAAACGAGUUCAUCCGAGAUGUUUUUGAACUGGGGCCACCGAUCCUGAUCGAUUCCACUGCCCUCAAGGCUAUGAAAAGCUCUAGACUGGAGAGGCAUCUGUACAACGCUGCUGCAUUCAAGGCUCGCACCAAGGCCAGGAGCAAGUUUCGGGACAAGAGGGUGGACGUCGGGGAGUUUUAGCUGUCUUUGAUGCUUUGCUAUACUUUUUCACCAACCUCGGAUUGUUUGGGGUCCAACCAGCUUUUUUUUAAACCUGUUUAUAAAAUGUGUAGUUGCUAAUUGUAGUAGAAUUAUUUAUCAAAAUAUUUAAGUGUUUGAAUUUGUCUGUAUAAAGUAAUGGUGUUUCCUGUUUGUUUUUCUAUCUUAAAAGUACUUGAGCAACCAUAUAUCCUUGAUACCGUCAUAAUUAUAUUAAGAUGCACUAAGUUGCUGGCUUAGGAUCUGAACCUGUGUAUAACUAGACAUUCUGUUGUGCUGUAAUAGUUGAUUAGUGUUAGUGAAGAGAAAUGAAUAAAACUGGUCCUGAAGGAA